GAAAAGAGCUGAUAAAUGCCACUACUAUCAAUAUAUGUAUUCCAUUGCUGCGUACUGACCUUGUCCUGUCUUUCAGUUUUGCACGCGGCGAUAAAUUGCGACGUUGAGUGACUGGGCUUCAAAUCACCAUAAAAGGGAUUGUUCUCUCAGUCACUGAUACCUGUCUCGUUUCUUUUUCUCUUCAUGCUUCGCUUGUUAACACGUACACAGAAGCCGCUCUGGCUACGAGCAUACUCCACCAAUAACUUUUCUAAGGUCCUGAAGUCGGCUGAUGAGGCCGUCAAAGACAUACCAAGUAACUCCAAGCUGCUAGUCGGAGGAUUCGGCUUAUGCGGUAUUCCAGAAAAUCUCAUUGCCGCGCUCAACAAGAAUACACAUGUCAAGGGGUUAACCGUCGUUUCAAACAAUGCUGGAGUAACCAACUUUGGUCUUGGACUCUUGCUACAAACCAGACAAGUCAAGCGUAUGAUUGCUUCCUAUGUUGGUGAAAACAAAGAGUUCGAGAAACAGUACCUUAAUGGAGAUCUGGAAGUUGAGUUGACGCCUCAAGGCUCGCUAGCAGAACGAGUUCGAGCUGGUGGAAGUGGAAUACCCGCAUUUUACACGCCAACUGCUUAUGGUACAUUGAUACAAGAAGGCAAGCUUCCGAUCAAAUAUGACAAGAAUGGCAAAGUUGAGAUCUAUAGCAAGGCACGCGAGGUUAGAGAGUUUAACGGACAAAAAUAUAUCAUGGAAGAAGGCAUCACAGGAGACUUUGCGUUUGUGAAAGCUUGGAAAGGUGACGAAGAGGGAAAUCUGAUAUUUAGGGGUUCGGCUAGGAACUUCAAUCCCGUCAUGGCAAAGGCAGCCAAAUGUACAAUUGCCGAAGUUGAAGAGAUCGUCCCUGUUGGUACUCUGGACCCUGACCAAAUACAUUUACCUGGCGUUUAUGUUCACCGUCUUAUAAAGGGCGAGCACUAUGAAAAGAGGAUUGAGAAGCUCACUGUUGCAAGUGAUGGUAAGGAGAGUGAGAAUACCGACUCUCCUGCCGCCAAACGCCGAGAGAAGAUUGUACGAAGGGCGGCGAAGGAGUUCAAGGAUGGCGAUUAUGUGAACCUUGGUAUUGGCAUGCCUAUGGCUGCUAGCAAUUAUGUUGAAGAAGGAGUAAAUCUCAAGCUUCAGAGCGAAAAUGGAAUCCUUGGCUUGGGACCAUAUCCACAACGUGGCCAAGAGGAUCCAGAUAUGAUCAAUGCCGGAAAAGAAACGGUUACUCUGACAACUGGAGCAUCUAUCUUUGCAAGUGAUGAGUCGUUCUCUCUUAUACGCGGCUCUCAUAUUGACGUUACCAUUCUGGGGGCUCUACAAGUCUCCAGGAAAGGAGAUCUUGCAAACUGGAUGGUUCCACGCAAGAUGGUCAAAGGGCCUGGAGGCGCCAUGGACCUUGUGGCUGCCAAGAACACCAAAGUGAUUGUUACCAUGGAGCAUGUUGACAAGAACGGUAAUGCCAAAAUCGUCAAUGACUGUGACUUACCUCUCACCGGUGUCGGGUGUGUCGACACAAUUAUCACGGAUCUCUGUGUGUUCCAGGUCAACAAGGAAGGUCUGACAUUAACAGAGCUAGCCAAAGGCGUUACCAUCGAUGAAGUGAAGCAAAAAACAGCGUGUGUUUUCAACAUCGCACCUACACUAAAUACCUUUUAGACAUAAAUACAACUUGUUUUAAGCGAUGAUUGGAAUGGUUGGAGAGCGGUAAUAACGAAAAUAAAAGAAUACGAAACAGAAAUCAAUAGAAUGAAAAGAAACAUACAUCUUUGUACAGAAACAUGAAAAAGAGGAAUGUACGAGAAUGGGGGUAAUAAAAAAAAAAAAAGAAAGAAAGAAAAA